AUGGCGGCCUCUACGAAUCCAAAGACUUCAAUAGUAACUUUACAAUUUGUCGGUAAAGAAAAUAUUGCAGAACAUAUCAUCAAUAUAACUGAGCGGAAAGCAAGCUUGAGGUCAGCAAAGAAAUUCCAGGCGCGUGAUCAAGCUCGUACAGUGAGCUUUACUGCAGAGGGUGCUGACGGUAGUAGCGACGAUACAGACGAUUACGAUAUCGAAACGGAACUCCAUAAACCAGACACACUGCUAGAAAAAGAUGACAAAGGCAUAUCAGGGUAUGAAGUCUAUGCAUUCGAGACCCCAAAACGUUCUGGACAAAUGGAGCAAAAAGCCAGCGAGAGUGCCAAGAAGACAAUGACCCCACAGCCGAUGCAAACGAUUUCAAACGGGCGGACUGCGGCAAAAACGCCGACUCGCAAAGGUAGCAAGACGGUGAAGACGCCAACCCGGAAAGCUAGCAAGACGCCGUCCAAGCAAGGUGGUAGGACGCCGACGAGUAAGGGAAAGGGAACUCCCAAGCAGAUGCCUGGCAGAAACACGGAGAUGGUGGAAUCGAGGAGGGCGGCCGAUACGCCCUACAGACUGAGACGGCUCAUCACCAGACGUGUAGAGGAGAAUGUGAAAGCUCUCGAUUCAGACGAAUCGGACGAGAGCGACGAAGACUACGAUGACAAGGAUGACGAUGACUCCUCGAGCAAUCACAGCGAGAUAGCGGGUGGGGAGAGUUCAGUCAGCGCUGGGUCGAAGGGCAUCGCCGUGGCGACGGAUCGCGGACAAACACCAACGUCGGGCCACAGGACGCGUCAGAGACGGGAUGAUCGGGUGAACCCGGACAUGGUGGAAGAGUACUUUGACGCGCACGGCCGCGCUACGGUGGCGACCUCUGACCGCACGCUCGCGCGCCUGCGCAACCCGCGCCUCGACCAGCAGUCGCUCGCGUCCGUCCUGAAGAGCGCGCCACUGUCUCACGCGCGGGAGAGCGCGGCGCUGUACGACGAACACAGAGAGCUGUUCACGAGGUGGAUGUUCCAGUUCAGUGAACGGCUUACAACAAUACUGCACUGUAUGGCCUCGGGCUCAAAGAGGGUUGUCAUGACAGUUCAGAGUCAGCUCCUGUGCCAGCACUAUCGACAACCUCGUCCGAUCUUGAACUCGAUCACAGAGGAUGUCCUAGGCAGUGACGCUACAUUCAGCAAUGUCAACGACCAGCUGGAGUUCAUCAGGCAGUCGUACGAAGAAGGCAGCGGCUCGGAGCUGUACGUGGUCGUGCACAGCGUGGAUGGCGUGACGCUGCGCGGGCGGCGGGCGCAGGCCGUGCUCAGUCACCUUGCUCAGCUGCCUCACGUUCACCUGCUCGCCUCCAUCGACCACAUCAACGCUCCCGUCGUCUGGGACCAGAACCAGAUGAGCCGCUUCAACUGGCUCUGGUACGAUGCGACGACCUUUGAACCCUAUGCGCAGGAGACGUCGUACGAGAACUCGCUGCUGGUGCAGCAGUCAGGUGUCCUCGCCCUGAGCUCGCUCACGCACGUCUUCCGUAGUCUGACGCCGAACGCUCGGGGAAUCUUCCUCCUCGUCGCCACUCACCAGCUGGAGCAGAAGGACACCCCAGGCUACAUCGGUCUGUCGUUCCACGACUGUUACCAGAAGUGUCGCGAGGCGUUCCUGGUGAACAGUGAGCUGACGCUGCGAGCCCAGCUCACCGAGUUCCACGACCACAAGCUGAUGAGAUACAGGAAGGGCCCGGACGGAGCUCAGCACCUGUACAUACCCCUGGAGGACGCCACACUGACUGAGUUUAAGGAACACCAGCUACAGGCCGUCUAGCAGCAUGCCGUCCUUCCCUCUCUCUCACGUCUGCCUUCCUUCGUUCUCCCUCUCCUCUCUCCUACCACUG